AGUGACUUUUGCGAUUGAUAUGCGUUAUGAAUAUUGGUUAUAUAUAUGUUUUUCAGUACCUCCUAUUGGUUUGAUGAAUUCUUUCAUUGUCUUUUUAAUGGUUCUGAUAAUGUCAUUGAUGCAUAGUUUGGUUAAUUUUUCUGACAUGCAUGUUGUAUAUGGCUGUGUUCUUGCACGUAUGGGCAUUAUAGGGCUUUGGGGAUUUUGAAGAAGGUUUUAUGGUUGAAUGGGGGUAAGAAGUUGGUUAUUGGAACGAACUAUUUCACCGAUCCAAUGGGAAAUGUUAUGAACUUAGAGUUCGAGGACAAUUUGAUUAGUAAGGGGAUAUUUCGAGUUCCAUAUGAUUUUGAAGAUUUCUACGAACUGGAUGAUUUGCAUUAUAUAUGUACCUUUUUCUGUGGUGAUAGAUAUUUUCGAAUCAUAAUUUUUGACACAAACUGGACUGAGAUCGAAUACCCUGGUUUAGGUAAUAGUUACAUUGCAAAGGAAGAUUUAGUGUGGUCCAGGUUCUUGUCUUCAUUUCGGGUGAAGUUAUGUCCGACAGAGUCUAUGAUUUGCUUGGAUGCAUAUUUUCAUUUAUUCUGGGAGAAGAAAUUAAUAUAUGGUGAAGAGAUGCAAUUCAUAGAUUCCUGUUAUAAAACUUUUAAGUUUAAGUUUGAUGUGAAAGCAAAUGGUACAACAGUUUUUCGUGGUGGUAUUGGAAAGAUGUUUAAGUACUAUAAUUUGAAAGAUGAAGUGUACUUGCAUCUGAAUUAUGUUUCGAAGAAUGUUUUCUUGUAUAGGUUGUUUCCGUUAGAAGGAAUGGAGAUUGAUUAUAACAUAAAUGGUGCGUCCUGUUCUGGUAGUGGCAAUGUUGGUUCAGAUGUUGCUGACCCUGGUGCAGAUUAUUCGUUGGUUAAGUGUUUGACUGAUUAUGAUGUUGGUGCAUCGUCGCUGGUACUGUUAUGUAUAUCUUUAAUGGCAUUAUUGUUUUUGAGUAUGCAUUUUAUUGUUCAGUUAAUUUGUUAACAUUUUGAAUUGUUGUUUUCAAUAUCUUAAUGCUUCUUUUGUUGGAUCUGCAUUGUCGAGGUCUAAGAAGGAGUAUAUUCUAUCAAAUGACAAUGGAAACAGCUAGGAAUGUUCAAUUAGAUGGGUUGCAAGAUCAAAAUCUGAAUGUUAUCUGGGUUCUGAAUGGAAGAGAUUUGUCAGUGAAAAUAACUUAUGCGUUGGAGACUCUAUCAAGCUGGAAGUUCAAAAAGAUGACGACAGAACAAUAAUAAUUGCUAAAAUUUAGGGUGUUUUUUGACUUUAGAUUGGUAACGCUAAAAAUAAACUUAUGUGGUAACAUUUUGGUGCAAGUGUGGCACAAGUACUUUUAAUUAUGUUUGCAAUUUUGGUUUGUUAUGUAUGGAUAUCUUUAUUUUGGUGGAUGAAGUAAUUGGUUUUUGAAA